AUGGACAAAAAGAAUCAAGCCGAAUCCCAACGCACCGCCACCGCCGACCAGUCCAGCUACACCCUUAAUACCACCAAGAUGAGCAACCCUCGCACGGGCCGCCGUGGCCUCGCGCGCAUCGUCGCCGCAACCUUUCUGACGGCAUUUAUAACAUACUACGCCUGCUUCCAAUGGUUCGGCAUUAUUCGAGCGGCGCCUUCGUAUGCAGGCAACAGCGAAACAGUCCUCGGCAACAAAGUUCCUCUGGAAGCGCAUAUUAUCAGCAAGUGCCCAGAUACGAGGGACGCCCUCCGAGAACUCAUCCUUCCUGUGAUGCAACGUGUCUCUGACAAGGUUGACUUCAAAAUCUCCUACAUUGGAAAGCCGGCUUCCCACGAUGGCGUAGAGUGUAUGCAUGGUCCGUCCGAAUGCAUGGGAAACAUAAUCGAACUCUGCGCGCGAGAACUAUACCCCGAUCCCAAGCUGAGUCUCGGCUUUAUUAUGUGCCUCACUAAGGACUACAAGCACAUUCCCGAGCGUGCUCUUGUCGAGGACUGUGCCCUGGAGCAUGCUUUGGACUUUGACGCGUUGAAUGAAUGCGCAACCCGCGACGACGGUGCUCAUGGACUGGAAAUGCUGCGAAACAGUGUCACCAGGACAGCGGAUGUACGCUUCCAAAACGCAACCGCCUACGCUCAGCUUGCUAACAAUUGA